AUUGAAUAUAGGCUGAAUAAUGUAUUACUAAAUCUAAGAGAAAUAAAAUCCAUUCUUAUUAAUUAGGCUGAUACUCGAAAUUUAAAACCACUCUAUAUUUGUAUGCAUCCCCAGAGAAUAGGUCAAGAUCUUUUCUUUUUGUAUUUGGUCCAAGAAUCCAACGAAUUUAACGUUUCUAUAAACCAGGUGCAUACCAUAUACUUUGAUGCGUUAUAAAACAACCCUAAACUUAACCUCUAAGACUUCAUCUAGGAAAUCCCUGCAUAUAUUACACUAGUUUACAAACACCAAAACGCAAUACAAAGACAAACUACAGGAACGCCAGCGAUGGAUCUGGAGGCGUUGCCAGAAGGAUGCAAAGCCACCGUGGCCUCCUUAACGACGCCUCCAGACGCGUGCAGGCUUUCAGCGGUGUCUAGGUUUCGGUCGGCCGCUGAAUCGGACGCCGUUUGGGACAGGUUCCUUCCGCCCGAUGUCUACACGAUCCUCGGCAAGUCCUCCGUACAGCCUCAGUCCCCCUCCUCCCUCCCGGUCCCUCCUUGCUCUUCUUCUUCUUCCAGUUGGAAAUCCAAGAAGGACCUUUUCCUGUCUCUAUGUGACAACCCGGUCCUCAUCGAUCAGGGCAAGAUGAGCUUUUCGGUGGACAAAUGGAGUGGGAAAAAAUGCUAUAUGAUAUCUGCAAGGGAGCUUAUGAUUACCUGGGGCGAUACUCCUCAAUAUUGGGAAUGGAUUUGUCUGCCUGAAUCCAGGUUUGAGGAGGUGGCUGAGGUUGUGCAUGUUUGGUGGCUUGAAAUUCGUGGGAAAAUUGAUACGCGCAUCCUGUCCCCAGCCACAACGUACGAAGCUUAUCUCGUGUUCAAGUUGAGGGAAGGGGCAUACGGAUUUGAGGUGCCUGUAAAGGUCACAACAGGAGGAGAUGGAGAGCCCCCCAUUGACAAUAAGAACACUACUGUGUUUCUGGACCCAGAAGCCGGAAGAAGAAGGCAGAAGAAGAAGAAGAAGAAGAACAGAAAAAACGAAGAAACGCAUCGAUUUCCAAAGGAAAGAGCGGACAGCUGGUUGGAGGUGAAACUGGGUGAGUUCUUCUGCCCAGGAGGAGGGGAUGGGAAGUUAAUGGAGAUGACAUGUAUGGAGGUGGCUGGUGUAUUAAAGGCUGGCCUCAUUGUUCAUGGGAUUGAGGUCAGGCCCAAAAUGCACAAAGCAGAACAUUUGCUAUCACAUGACGUGUCAGCAACAUGAGAAAGACUUACAUGUAUUGGUGCCAUUUAAUUGGCACCCAGAUCCUAAAGUUUGAAAAUGUUCCACUGUACCCAUGUUGUUUACAUUAGGUUGCAGUUUGGUGAUCUUUAAACUACAUGGAUUGAGUGGAAAGUCAUACCUAAAUACUGGAAAUACUAGCCAGGUAGUGUGUUCUUAGCCAAUGAUAAAGUAGAGAG